AUGUCUGUUCUACCUGCUGAAGUCCACACGGCGCUGGCCAGCCUGCUGCAGGGCCUGCAGUCCCCGGACAAUGUGCAGCGAACCGCCGCCGAGCAGCAGUUGAACGACGAGUGGGUUGCACAAAGGCCGGAUGUGCUCCUCAUGGGCUUGUCCGAGCAGAUUGAGCUGGCACAGGACACGUCGACACGAACCUUCGCCGCCGUCAUCUUUCGGCGGCAGUCCUCCAAGCCGCGAAAGACGCCCUCUGGCCAGACGGCCGACCUCUUCCUGACGCUCAACCCGGCCGAGCGAGAGGCGAUCCGCGCAAAGCUGCUGAGUUGCCUGGCAAAGGAGACCGAUGCAUCGGUGCGAAGCAAAGUGGGAGACGCUGUAGCGGAGCUCGCGCGACAGCACACAGAUGAAGGUGUGGCAUGGCCGGAGCUCCUGGGAGCCUUGUUCCAGGCUAGCCAAUCCCAAGAUGCUGCACAGCGCGAGAACGCCUUCAGGAUCUUCUCCACUACACCGCAAAUCAUAGAAAAGCAACAUGAAGACGUCGUCAUGAGCGCCUUCAAGGGCGGGUUUGCCGACAGCGAGACUGCGGUUCGAAUCGCGGCUGUCGAGGCUUUCGCCUCCUUCUUUCGCUCCAUUACCCGCAAAGCUCAAUCCAAAUACUACUCGCUGAUUCCGGAGAUCCUGAAUAUCCUGCCUCCCAUCAAGGAUUCUGGAGAUGCAGAGCUGCUCACAAAGGCCCUCAUCUCCCUCAUCGAUCUCGCCGAGGUUGCACCCAAGAUGUUCAAGCCUCUGUUCAACAGCCUCGUGCAAUUCAGCGUCUCUGUCAUCCAGGACAAGGACCUAGGAGAAACAACACGACAAAAUGCCUUGGAACUCAUGGCCACAUUUGCGGAUAAUGCACCCCAAAUGUGUAGGAAGGAUCCAAAUUUCACAAACGACAUGGUCACGCAGUGCCUCUCCCUCAUGACGGAUGUUGGCUUCGAUGACGACGACGCCGAGGAAUGGAAUGUCUCCGAAGAUCUCGACGAAGAGAGUGACUCGAAUCACGUUGCUGGCGAGCAGUGCAUGGAUCGCCUAGCCAACAAACUCGGUGGACAGGCCAUCUUGCCCCCUACCUUCAACUGGCUCCCGCGCAUGAUGACUUCUUCCGCUUGGCGAGAUAGGCACGCUGCUCUCAUGGCCAUCUCAGCCAUCUCCGAGGGCUGUCGUGAGCUUAUGGUGGGAGAGCUCGACAAGGUCCUUGACCUCGUUCUUCCUGCCCUUCGAGACCCCCAUCCUCGUGUUCGAUGGGCCGCAUGCAAUGCCGUGGGCCAAAUGAGCACCGACUUUGCCGGAACCAUGCAGGAGAAGUAUCACCAAGUCGUCCUGCCCAAUAUCAUCCCGGUCCUAGAGUCAGCAGAGCCUCGUGUGCAGGCGCACGCUGCCGCUGCCCUCGUCAACUUCUGCGAAGAGGCCGAGAAGAACAUCCUAGAGCCAUAUUUGGACCAACUACUCAAUCAUCUGCUCAUGCUUCUGCAGAGCCCCAAACGCUUUGUCCAAGAGCAGGCUUUGUCAACCAUUGCGACAGUUGCGGACUCGGCUGAGGCUGCCUUCUCCAAGUACUAUGACACCCUGAUGCCGCUUCUUUUCAACGUUCUACAGGAAGAGCAGUCCAAGGAGUACCGAUUACUGAGAGCCAAGGCCAUGGAGUGCGCUACCCUCAUUGCCUUGGCUGUUGGCAAGGAUCGAAUGGGCCAGGAUGCAUUGAAUCUGGUACAACUGCUCGGGCGGAUCCAAAACAGCGUAUCGGACGCCGACGACCCUCAAGCUUCCUACUUGCUUCACUGCUGGGGUCGCAUGUGUCGGGUCCUUGGUCGGGAGUUCGUUCCCUUCCUUGCUGGUGUCAUUCCGCCUCUGACUGAGCUUGCUGGAGCCAAGGCUGAUAUUCAACUGCUUGAUGAUGAGGACCAGGUGGCUCAAAUUCAGGACGAGGAGGGCUGGGAGCUUGUUCCUCUCAAGGGCAAGGUCAUCGGCAUCAAGACGAGUAUUCUUGAUGACAAGCACAUGGCUAUUGAGCUCAUCGUCAUCUACGCUCAAGUAUUGGAAGACGCCUUCGAACCCUACGUCAACGACAUUAUGGACAAAAUCGCCCUUCCCGGCUUGGCCUUCUUCUUCCACGACCCUGUACGCGUCGCAUCCGCAAAGUGCGUACCGGCACUUCUAAAUGCUUACAAGAAGGCGCAUGGUCCAGAGUCAACCCAGCUUGGACAGCUUUGGGAACGUACCGUUGAGCGUGUGCUCGAAGUACUUAGCACAGAACCUGCUAUUGAUACUCUCGCCGAAAUGUACCAAUGUUUCUACGAGUGCUUGGAGUGUAUUGGUCAAAACUGCUUGACAAGCACACAUAUGGGUACCUUUAUCGAGUCCGCCCGCAGUGUGUUACAAGACUACCAAGAGCGUGUUAAAGAGCGGCUAGAAGAGCAAUCGGAGAACGAGGAUGGUGAAGAAGCUUCCGAGGAGACUUUAUUCGCCAUUGAAGACGACCAAAAUCUUCUCUCCGACAUGAACAAGGCUUUCCAUACUAUAUUCAAGAACAUGGGUACGGCCUUCCUGCCGCACUGGGAGCUCUUGAUGGAGUUCUAUAAGAUGGCUGUCAUCAAUCGAGAUCCGACGCAACGUCAGUGGGCUAUUUGCAUCUUCGAUGACGUACUUGAGUUCUGCGGCCCGCAGUCAUGGAAGUACAACGAGCACAUCAUUCAGCCACUCAUAGCCGGCAUGCAGGACGACGUACCAGCCAACCGACAAGCAGCAGUGUACGGUGUAGGCGUCGCUGCUCACAAGGGCGGUGAGGCGUGGUCAGAAUUCGCCGCCGCUUCGCUACCAAUGCUGUUCCAAGUAGUCCAGCGGCCGAACGCUCGCGCGGAUGACGAUGUGUUUGCAACAGAGAACGCAUCGGCAGCAAUUGCGAAGAUUCUGCACUAUAACGCUGCCAAGGUACAGAACUGGCAAGAUAUUGCUGCCGCUUGGAUCGAUACUCUGCCAGUCAUCAACGACGAAGAAGCGACCCCAUAUGCCUACGCAUUCCUGGCGCAACUUAUUGAACAGUAAGUUUACUCCAUAUUGACCCAGCACAGUGGAGCCCGGGUGGAUUCAAUAUCUUAAAAUGGGGCUAAUGUUUCACCAGGCAAAAUCAGGUCGUUUUCUCGCAACCCGCA